AUGGCCACCAGUCUUUUGUUUCAAGAGUUGCAGCAGAGCGGUUCUCUCGCGCUCCACCAUUUGCAUGCUGUCCUCACUCCUAGAGAUGAUGAUACGCGACGGAAGGAGAGCUGCAUAAUCGGUAGCCCUCGCUACGGCGAAAUUCCGUGCUACACAGCCAGCUGUACUAGCAAAAACAUAUCGUGCAUGGAAAUCAGUGACGGCACCAACACAAGCUGCAAGUAUCACAACAAUAUACAGGAUGUCUCAAGCCGCAUCAUAUCGCUUUCCCACCGCCUUGUCCCCCCAGAAGCACCGUUCUUCAAAAAUUUGGCCGAUACGGGCCCAGCCAGCGCAUGCCGUAGCGGCUGCAAAUCCCUCACCAGCACCAGCAGCUCCUUUUCCGUUACCACAGACUCUGCAGUGAAGCCAGUCGGCAGCCUCGCAGCCUGUGCUAUCGACAGCGCCUCCCUGUCAUCCGCUGUCUUCAUUCCCACGGUGCAGCCUCUCCUCCGUGCCCUGUGGGAGGAGUGCAGCUCUCGUGCGUGGCUAAGUAGGCGCAUCAACACCAAUUUAGCGCCCACUAAAACGCCAGAUGGUGCCUUAACAGUGGAUGCGUGGCAGCUGCAGCCGGACAAGCAAAGAAGCGACAGCCUCAAGCUCUGGGGGAACUCCGCCUUGUCAAGAGGGCGCACUGCGGCUGCAGAAAGCCUCUACACUGCCGCGAUCACACUUAUUCCAGAUAGCUCUGUGGACGACAGCAGAAACAGCAGAAGCGGCGGUGAUGGCAGCAGCAGCAACAACAACCCACUGGCUGUACUGCAGGCCAAUAGGAGCCUUGCUUUGCUACGUCUUGGGCGCAAUCCAGAAGCUCUGAGGGCUGCAACAGAAGCCGCUGCUGUGGACCCUCUCUAUUGUAAGGCCUGGUAUCGCCGAGCUGUAGCUUUGGAGCGUUUGCGCGAAGCGGUAGAACAGCGAAUUCGCUCCCCCUGCCGCGUCAGGCAGUGCAGCGGCACCUCCUGCUGCAAUGCCACGCGUAUGUGUUUACAGAGGAUUGAUUCAGAGCUGAGCAUGGCCCAGAGGAUGUCGAGGGGGAACGUCUCUUUUUCUGAGGCAAAAGGUGCAGCAGAUUGCAUGACUGUGGGCACCUGCGGUUGUGAGUUUGGUAGAGAAGACUGGAGCGGCUGCAUCAAUACAGGAGAGCUGGGAACCGAGGCUACUUUGCCGCGGCUCUGGCUAAGGGAGGAUGUGUCGGUACAGCUCAACGGGAAAGGCCGAGGCUUGAUGACCGGAGAGUUACAAGAGGAGAAUCGUGAGGAGGACGAGGAUCUUGUGUUGGAAGAGGAUGCAUUUGCGGUAUACGUACACCCGAAGCACUGCGCGAAAAUACCUCGUAUUCCGAUUGCCUCCCUCUCAUAUUCAGCGCGUUCUGUCGACAAUUGUGGGCCAAACGCAGUGCAGACACAUUCUGGCACGGCCGUCCACAGCACCUGGGAGGACCGGCUGGAGAGUUGCAGAGGUGCCCCACACGUUUCAGGUAGCCCCUCAGAGGGCCCUUUUACUGCUGUGCAAGGAGAGGAUGGAUCUGGGGGCAUGCUGGAGGCUUUUUGUGAAGCAGAGAGUGUCUGCGCUGGAUGUGCCACUGUGCCGGCGCGAGGGGAGGCUGGGGGUGUGUCGUGCUCCGGAGUUGAUUCAGAGCGAAGUGCACUACACCGCCUCCUGAGGCCGGUCUUUCCAGUGGUGCCCUGUGGCUCGUGUGCGGGGGCCUUCUUUUGCUGUAACCGCUGCAGAGCGGCAUCGGCUCACAAACGCGUCUGUUGCAUGCAACAGCCGCAGGGGCAAAGCACCAAGCAAGCAAGCAAAGUGGAGGCAGAAUCCGCGAAGCGUUUGCCGGAAGGCGUGUUGGUGCAGCCCCUAGCGCUGGCCUUGCCCGAUCCUCACAGACACAUUGCGCGGCAGCUUUUAUCAUGUCUCUUGACGCAAAGGGCGGUUCCUGAGGGUCCCGCACAGAGAGGCGUCCAGGCGACCACAACGGAGGCUCCUGUUGGUACAGGGAGUGUAGGUGCAGCUUCAGGGCAAAGCUCUCUGCAGGAACAGGCCCCGCCAUGGUAUCAACUGCUCAGAAGCAAUGCCUGCGUCCUAUUGGAGGUUCCGAGACUGGCAGAUUGGCUUUUGAAUGCCGCAUGGUUGGCUGGAGAUGCCGCUGCUGCCGGCAAAGGCAUGCAGUGCGGCGGGCGAUGCCUUCUUUGCAACCCUCCGGAUGGGAGGAAUCUCUGUCUGCCGCUUCGUCAAUGGGCUGAAACGGCCCCGACAAUGGUAACGCAGGAAACAGCCGAGGCAGAAGCACUGGCUGACUCUCCGAGCAAGCCGGCUGGCGAUCGGCUGUGUACACGCUGCUGCAUGUGCUGCAAAGCCUGGUGCUGUACAUGCUCCCCUCGCUCCUCGGUCUUUGAGGGCACACGCAACUCGGAGGACCGCCUUGCCGCGCUGCCAAGGUGCCUUUACACGGCAGCACUCCACGCAUAUGGCGUAGCCUGCUGCAAUAGCUUCACAAUGCGUGUUGCUUGUGACCCAGAAGAAGAAGCAGUUGCUGCUGGCACUGCGCUAUUCCUAACGGCAUCUUUGCUCAAUCACUCGUGCUCGCCGAAUGCAGUUGCUGUCUUUGGAGAGCCUCGUAGUUGGAAGCGGCAUCAGCGGCGCGAGCAACAGGCCGACACAUGCUGCCUCGAGAUCAACAGGAACGAUUGGCUCCUUGCAGGGGCUUGCAGUGGGUUGGGACGCGGCACGCUGCUGCAAGUCCGCUUGUGCUUGCCUGAGGCCUUUACGGCAAAGAAAUUCAACGGGGAGAUCAGCAUUUCAUACGGCCCCUUAGUCGGAUUGGAGAGUGGUGCGUGGGGAUUUCGGCAAGAGUGGCUCCUACGGCAUGCAGGGUUCUACUGCCGUUGCGAGGUGCGUCUACACAGCAGCGCUUGCGCUCCCCCGCGUGGACACACCAGCGCUGACCACUCCGGAGUUAUCCACUUCGAGAAGGGACUGCUGUGUGGCACACCAUGUCCUGUAUGUACCACGGCUCCACUAGUGCAGAAGCUCUUAAAGGAGGCCCCUGAGGCUACAAGUGCUUAUACACCCGACAACGAUCCCCUGUACGGCAUGGUCGCGGCGUUUAAGCGUUAUGUAGGGCCACAAAUAGGCGAAUUGCGUGCUCUGAAGGGUCGGCGACGGCAGCAGCAGCAGCAGCAGCACCUGGAGGAGCCCUCAGUAUACUCAGAGCUGUCGACAGCGACACUGGGGUUUGUUACGGAAGCGUUCUCCAACAUGCUUUUCGAAGAGCUAGUGAUCGGGGAGGCGCGGCACCAGUGGACACAUACACGGUCCUUGGCCCUUCUAGGUCAUUCUUGCGUACAAUUGUGGUCUGCGAUUUCUUCUGAGGAUCGUCGCUCUGCUGUUCAAUCUGCUGCUCUCCCUUCAUUUCUGAAUUGUCACCGGCCGCUAUAUGCCUGCAGUGAGUUACAGUGUCUCAAUUGUAAGACAGUCUUUUCAGCUUCCGCCAUGGCAGAGGAGCGAGAAGCUGCUCAUCUGCGGCUGAAUGACCUGAGGACGACGCUUGCGUGUCUUGUGCGGCCUGCGGAGCGAGGUCGGGAAAUGGAGAGGCAUGCCUUACUAGGUAAUGUCUCGACGGAACUCGUGCAAGCAAUUCCUCAUGUGGUGGCAGCUAGUGGUUGUCUUUCCACAGAUACAUGGCUGGCACUACAAGCCGUAGCCCGUGCAGCUCACGCACAAGCGGAUGCUGCGCGGCAGCUGCAGAUGCGCGCAUGGGAGCUUGGAGUCAUUGGGGCAGUUGGACUAGCGGCAACGUGCCUCUCUGCCGGUGUACACGUAUUAGUUCAAAGGCUGCCUCUUGGUUUUGCACAGCCGGAGGUAGCAGCUCACAUGUAUAAGGCUGCCCUGCUGUAUGCUCGGUCCGGCAACCAUGAGCAAGCCAAGCAACUCGUGAAAAGGGCACUGAAAGGCACGCGAAAUUCUUGCGGACCUCACAGCGUCAUACGGUCUCACCUGGAAGAGUAUCUGCAGUGGAUGGAGCAGGAGUGA